AUGGCGCCGCUCCUUGGAGACUGGACGGCGUCAAAUACCGGCCCGGACAACACCAGCGUUAGUCGGGGUAUGCGGCGGAAAAGUAUACUUUACGUCGACGCUUAUGAUUCUUUCUCCUAUAAUGUCAUAUCUAUGCUCGAGGAAGUCUUAGGGGUCACCGUCACGGUGAUAAUGAUUGAUGCGGAAUGGCCUGACGGCAACAUGCUGGAGUUUCUUCAGCACUACGAUGCAGUCGUCCUGGGACCAGGACCAGGGGACCCCAAUGUCUCGGAAGAUGUUGGUAUUAUGGCAGAUAUCUGGAAUAUCGACAGCUCGCAUAUGCUGCCGGUCCUAGGUAUCUGCCUUGGCUUCCAAAGUUUGUGUCUUCAUCACGGUACUCCUAUCGGGAGAUUACCGGAACCUCUGCACGGACAGGUUCGUCGGGUUACAACAGCACAGAGAGACAUUUUUGAGAAUCUACAAGAUCUGGAAGUCACUCUGUAUCACUCACUAUACGCCAUAUAUGCUGAACCAAUAACGGCCCCUUCACGCGCCGGCGCGGCGCCUCCAAGUUCGGUCCUUGAUGUUCUUGCCUGGUUUUCUAUCCAGCCAGAUGAUCCCUCUUCCUCCGCUACGUGGAUCCCAAUGGCUGUUCGACAUACUAAGAAACCUUUUUGGGGGGUGCAGUUUCACCCCGAAUCUUGCAAGUCUGACCGGGAAACAUGCAACGAGCUGCUCCGUAAGUGGUGGGAUAUGGCCAUCAAAUACAACAAGAGCCACGAUCGUGAAGGGUAUGGGAGUCCACCUAUAGAUAUAAUUCGACCUUCGUGCGAGGAUACUCGUCUGCCAGAUGCCGCUUUCACGAUGCUGAAUUGGAGUGCGUCCUCUUCCUUCAAUUGCGCCUCUAGAUCCCUCGCGUCAUGUCAGCUGGAUGGUGAAGCAGUUUGCGAACUUUUCAACAACCCGGGCGUUCCAACAGUUCUAUUCCGGUCGAAUGGCACUUACAGUGUCCUUUCGGUACCAAGUCCGGGGAGCUGGAGGCUCGAAUACUAUGCCCAGCGACGGUCAUUGGUAAUGCAACGCUGGCCACUGUCCUCUAGCUCCUGCGACGCCGUGAAUGUUUCAGACACAAAGCUUGAAGCAGUGAUGUCUAUUUCUCAGUUUUGGGAUGUUUUAAGGUAUCUGAUGGACUUGAAGAAAGUCGAAUCGGGAAACAACGACGUUCCCUUUUGGGCAGGAUUCCUAGGUUAUUUUUCCUAUGAACUCGGAUUGGCUUGCCUUGCUCACCCGAAACAUGAAAAUGGAAGCCUUGGAGAUGAUUAUUGCUCUCGAGGAAGCGCUGGCGGUGACGAUCCACCAGAUGUUAGCCUCUUGUGGACUGACAGGAGCAUUGUUGUUGACAAUGAGACAAGUCGAGUUACCAUACAAUCAACUAGAGAAGAAGAUGAUCUACCAGCUGGCUGGUUAGAUCAUGCUUUGAAAGUGCUGGAACGCGCCUCGUGCGUCGAGAUCUCGCCAACAUCGGAAAACAACGCCGCGGACGAUGAGUUUCUAGAUUCUGUUCUGGGCGAGGGAGUAAUUCAGUUUCCAAGCGAAGAAGCCUAUCUGAAUCAGGUCGAGGCUUGCAAGGACGAAUUAAGGGCCGGUGAAUCGUACGAGCUAUGUCUUACUUGCGAAACAUCCAUCACUCUUCCCUCGCCGGAUUCUCCCAUUGAGCGCUUCGAGUUUCCCUGGAAAUUGUACAAGCGACUACGAAAAUACAAUCCUGCUGCGUUCAGUGCCUAUGCGAGGUUGGGAACUGUCAAGAUUGUGAGCAGCAGCCCCGAAUGCUUCCUCAACUGGGACCGGUACUCCACCCUGGAGAUGAAGCCGAUGAAAGGAACUGUCAGAAAGUCUGACACCAUGACGAUGGAAAAGGCACGAGAAAUUCUCGGGUCAACGAAGGAGAUGGCCGAGAACCUCAUGAUCGCGGACCUCAUCCGGCACGAUCUCUAUGGCAUCUGCGGCGCGGGCAACGUCCACGUCGAGAAGCUACUCGAAGUGGAGGAUCACGGGCGGGUCUAUCAGAUGAUCACGCAUGUCAAAGGGCAUGUUGACCCCUGUCGACCUGGUUAUGCCGCGAAAAGCCUACCACGGUUACAGUCGUCAAACAUGUCUGGGUACGGACUGACUGCAUUGCAGCGGUGUCUACCGCCCGGGUCCAUGACUGGGGCCCCGAAGGAACGAUCUUGCAUGCACCUUGCCUCAAUCGAGGGCCGGAAGCGCGGGAUCUACUCUGGCGUGAUGGGCUUUCUCGACCUUGGAGGAGGAGGAAGUUUCUCCGUCCUGAUUCGUACGGCCUUUACCUCCUCUGGCGACAACGACGACAUUCAAAAGUGGCGGAUUGGUGCUGGAGGCGCGGUGACCAUGCUUAGCAGCGCCCAAGUUCUAUUCUACUUCGCCGAAUCACCCUUCUUUGACGCAACCUCGAACAAUGCCUCUCUAGCAAUCCAGGCGAACUAUAAUGAAGCGUUCCGUCACUUCGUGGAGACAAGAGAAGCCUUUGAGGGCCGGCUGAAAACUAUGCAGGGUCUGGAGUUCAUGGUUGGCUAUGACCCAUUGCAGGCUGCAGCGGGGGCAAAUGCCCAGUUUGCGCAUGAACCGUCCAACGUGUGGGUAAUCCGGAAACAGACGCGGCGGAAGCGAUCCGGCAUUGAGGACGAGGUCGUGGUCCUGGCCACAUUCUUUGUGAUUGGAGACUGCAUUUACAUGGCUCCUUCGGUAUCAAGCGUCAUUGGGAACAGAAUUCUUUCCGCAGUGGCCUCUCUCACGAGCUUGCUCAAGACUGCGUCAACUUUGUCCAAGUUCACCCCAUCGCAUGGGCACACAUACCUCCCACCGGCGCCCAAAUCAACGGAUGCCAGUCAGCCAGGCGUACAGUCGCAAACAAGCAAAGAGAACACACCAAUUCCCGAUGCUGAUGCUACAAAUAAAAUACAGUCUUUUACUGGACCACAAUCUGGUAAUGGUUCAACCAUUCACGACAUACGGUCCCUCGCGGACUCAUUCAACCUUGUAGCUCGGUAUGGAGAUGAGUAUAUGGACGAGAGUCCAUUGAUGGGAGAGCCGGGAUCCUUUAUUCUGUCCAGGACGGGUGAAGCAGAUCGCGGCGCAGCAUCGAAGCAGCCACAACCUCUUAGUACAACCGUGCCAGGGCGAGUUGGGACGCCGCAAGCCAAGGCUGAUACGCCGGGCAAAGUGUCGGACAAAGGCAGUUCUGCAGAGGAGCCCAAGCUGCGGAAAAAGAAGAGCAAACCGGCGAGUUAG